AUGUCCAUCUUCAAGCUUCCCAACGAGCUAAUACUACAUAUUUUUACAUAUCUUGAUAAUGCCGAGGUUGACCGCUUAAUCUGCAACUACAGAGGUGUGCCGUCAGCUCGUCCAGUUUUGUGCAUAUUGUACCAACGAUUAUUUGGAGGCGCGCUCCACAUCACCAACGAAGACCCCAGACUUCAAUUUGAACACGACUAUGAAGUCACAGUUAGUGCCUUUGAAGACAAGAUGUCUGAUGACCUGUUUGAAAAUAAUUUGUUCAGGCUAACGCGGCCAAACACGAUUGAGUUUCGAUUCACGCGCCAACACAACGACUACCGACGGUUCAUCAGCGAUUUAAACCUGUUGACUGCGCUCUUUGAUUCAUCCGAUGCCACAAUCACAAACUAUUUGCGGCGGUGCUCAAGAAUCAAUCUCCACAUCGAUGCUCACUUGGUGUUUAUGGAGAACCCGGACUCGUUGAAGUCGAUCAUCAUCAAAUUGCUACUAGAUCUCAGCGGACACCCAAUUGCAUAUAAGCUCGAAAACUUGACCAUCAAAUCAAGCGAAAUUGGCAGUCUUUACGUUGCCCACUGGUCGCAACUAUUCAAGAACUUCACCUCGUUGCGGAACUUGGAUAUACUGGAAAACUUGCUUCGAAGUAACUACGAGCUGUAUUUGGACGUGUGGGGUAUGCUGAGGAAGUUCCCCGAGACCUUGACGCGGCUCAAUUUGAAGAACAACAUGUUGACGUAUGUUUCAAAGGAUUUUUUACUGAACCUACCCAAGAGCUUACAGUUUUUGGACAUGAACCAAAACGACAUUGAGAUUAUCGAACCGUGCCAGUUGGGAGAGUUGUUGCCCGGUUUGCAAAAUUGGUGCCUCAAUUAUACCAAAUUGUGUGUGAUGAGUCCUCUGAUGUUCAAGAGUUGCCCCCGGGGGUUCGUCUUGGAAAUCAGGUCUACGUAUUUGCCGGACUCUGAUGUUCAAAAAUUGACCCUCAUUGCGGAAAAGGGUGGUUUCAAAGUUUUGGUUUGA